GGAGUAGGAGAAGGGGGCCGGUCAAGGGAAGUGCGACGUGUCUGAGGAGCCUUUUUAUACCUCCUUCCCUGGAGCCCGGCAGCCACUGCCGCCAUCCACGUCUCUGUGCCCCGGACCCGGGUUCCGCCACCGCCGCAACAUGUCGGGGGUCAAGAAGCAGAAGACGGACCAGCAAAAAUCCACCAAUGUGGUCUACCAGGCCCAUCAUGUGAGCAGGAAUAAGAGAGGACAGGUGGUUGGAAGCAGGGGAGGAUUCCGAGGAUGUACCGUGUGGCUAACAGGGCUCUCUGGUGCUGGGAAAACAACCGUAAGUUUCGCUUUGGAAGAGUACCUUGUAUCGCAUGCCAUCCCUUGUUACUCCCUGGAUGGGGACAAUGUCCGCCAUGGCCUUAACAAGAACCUGGGAUUUUCUGCCGGGGAUCGGGAAGAGAACAUCCGCCGGAUUGCAGAGGUGGCCAAGCUCUUUGCCGAUGCUGGCCUGGUCUGCAUUACUAGCUUCAUUUCUCCAUUUGCAAAGGAUCGUGAAAAUGCCCGCAAAAUCCACGAAGUAGCAGGACUCCCAUUCUUUGAGGUCUUUGUAGAUGCGCCUUUAAACAUCUGUGAAAGCCGAGAUGUAAAAGGACUCUACAAGCGGGCUCGAGCAGGAGAGAUUAAAGGGUUUACAGGCAUCGAUUCUGAUUAUGAGAAACCGGAAACUCCUGAGUGUGUGCUGAAGACCAACUUGUCUUCCGUAAGCGACUGUGUGCAACAGGUUGUGGAGCUUCUGCAAGAGCAGAACAUUGUACCCCAUACCACCAUCAAGGGCAUCCACGAACUCUUUGUGCCAGAGAACAAAAUUGACCAAAUCCGAGCUGAGGUUGAUACUCUCCCAUCGUUAUCAAUUACCAAGCUUGAUCUGCAGUGGGUGCAGGUGCUGAGCGAAGGCUGGGCCACACCCCUCAAAGGUUUCAUGCGGGAAAAGGAGUACCUGCAGGCUAUACACUUCGACACUCUGCUGGAUGACGGAGUCAUCAACCUGAGCAUUCCCAUCGUACUGCCCGUCUCUGUGGAGGACAAGGCGCGGCUCGAAGGGUGCAUGAAGUUUGCUUUGACGUACGAAGGUCGGAGGGUGGCUGUGUUACAAGACCCUGAGUUCUAUGAGCACAGGAAAGAGGAGCGUUGUUCUCGUGUGUGGGGAACAGCCACUGCAAAGCAUCCCCAUAUCAAAAUGGUGAUGGAAAGUGGGGAUUGGCUUGUUGGUGGAGACCUACAGGUGCUGGAGAGAAUUCGGUGGGAUGAUGGGCUGGACCAAUACCGCCUGACGCCUCUAGAGCUCAAACAGAAGUGUAAAGACCUGAACGCUGAUGCCGUGUUUGCAUUCCAGUUGCGCAACCCUGUCCACAAUGGUCAUGCUCUGCUGAUGCAGGAUACACGCCGCAGGCUCCUAGAGAGGGGCUACAAGCACCCAGUCCUCUUGCUACACCCUCUGGGGGGCUGGACCAAGGACGACGAUGUGCCUCUGGACUGGAGGAUGAAGCAGCAUGCAGCUGUACUGGAGGAAGGGAUCCUGGAUCCCAAGUCAACUAUUGUUGCCAUCUUUCCAUCUCCUAUGUUAUAUGCCGGCCCCACAGAGGUCCAGUGGCAUUGCAGGUGCCGGAUGAUUGCAGGAGCCAAUUUCUACAUUGUGGGCAGGGAUCCUGCAGGAAUGCCCCACCCCGAGACAAAGAAAGACCUAUAUGAACCUACCCAUGGGGGCAAGGUCUUGAGUAUGGCGCCUGGCCUCACCUCUGUGGAAAUCAUUCCAUUCCGAGUGGCUGCCUACAAUAAAACUAAAAAGGCCAUGGACUUUUAUGACCCAGCAAGGCACGCUGAGUUUGACUUCAUCUCAGGAACUCGUAUGAGGAAGCUCGCCCGGGAAGGAGAAGACCCCCCAGAUGGCUUCAUGGCCCCCAAAGCAUGGAAAGUGUUGACAGAUUACUACAGGUCUCUGGAGAAGAUAAACUAGGCAGUCCUGGUUCUGGCUUCUCUCUCAAGUGCUCUUUGACGAUUGUUUUCUAUUUUGGUGAUUAGAUGCUCUAUAUGCAAUUACUCUUCAAUGACUUUUUGAAGUUAGAAUUUUGCAAUGAGGUAAAAGGUUGUGCCUAUAAUUUAAAACCAACUUCAUUAUGUUUAUGAAAGUCACACUGGAGACUAAGUCUUAGGUGAAAAUAUUGCUACACCUCCCAGAAUGAAAACCCUUGUACUUUACUUCAUCUCAGCACGUAUGUCCCAGAUUUCUAAAAAAAUGUUACUGUGUCUAGUUGACCUGCCUGAAACAGAAUCAUACGUUCCAGCUUAAUUUUGCCAACCAGGAAUUCCAAUGUUACUUACCAGAAGCAAUAAGCCACACAAACAGCUUCUUCUGUACAACAUCAGGACUUUAAACCUCAUGAUUAU